AUGAAAUAAUAUAAUAUUAGUUCUAUGACAAUUUUGUUACAUUAACAUAAUAUAGAAAAGGUUGUCUAGAAGAUCGAACAUAAUUGCUAUGAAAGAAAUUCUGUUAAGCAAAAAUCAGAAUAAGUAGAUUCAGAUUUCUUUUUUUCUAAGCCAACCCAAAAAUAAAAUGGUCAUCAGAGUCAUCGACAACCAAUGAGUGCUCGUAGUUUAUACUUUACUCCUAUGAAAUCUGCGAAAUCACAUAGGUAAAUGCAGCAAUAAAAAGAAGUCAAUCAUUUUGAAGAUGGAAUUGAAUCUAUAGAUGGAGAUCAAUCUAACCUUUUAACUGUCAUCCUUUAGUUAUAAGAGCAAAUUAAGCAAUAAAAAGAAUAAAUUGAAAAAUUGAACGAAAAAUGUUCAAUACUUGAAGCUGAAAAGGAUGAAGCAUAAAAACCAAACAUUGAAUAAAUUACAAUUACUGCUCAUCUUCUUUAAUAAAAUGAAUAACUAAUGCAAUAAUUAGCAAGAUUAAAGAAAAAAUAAUGA